GCAAAACGCUGCUUCUGAGCUUGAGUUUUACCCUUUGCGUGCUUGUGUGUGUGUGUGGAAAAUAGCCUCAGUGGAGCGGAAACCGCGAGACCCGAGUUCAGGUUUACACCCCCUAAAAACAGAAGUUGUCAUCUUGCAGAAAGCAGCUCGGAAGCUCCUCCAGCAGUGAAGGCUCAUGCAUGAAGAUAAACGCUUCCUCCGCCCCGCUAAGCAGCUUUCGGUCGGUUGGCAAAGCUUUUGGAAACAAUCCAAGCGGUGCGGAGCUGCCCUUCAGUGAACUACAGCGUUUCUUCUGUCUUCUGAACAUACUGCGGAUUCUUCUAUGGACACGCAUUGAGGGUGCAGCGUCCAGUGCACACCGAGUGAAGUGGAGAAAGGAAGAUGGCGCCCCCUCCCCCCCCACCACCUCCAGGCCCCCCUCCCACCUUUGCUUCCGCCAACAUAGAGAAGCCGAGUCUGAACCGCUCGGAGCAGCAUGGAAGGAACGCUCUGCUGUCUGACAUCGCCAAAGGCUCCAGACUAAAGAAAGCUGUGACCGUAGACCGCAGCGGGCCUCUGCUGGACAAACCUAAAGGAGGCGGCGGCGUAGGUGGAGGAGGAGGAGGUGGAGGAGGAGGUGGAGGUGGAGGAGGCGGUGCUCCUGCUGGCUUAGGAGGCCUGUUUGCAGGAGGGAUUCCAAAACUGAGGUCUGCUGGAAACAGUGGUAAAAAUGACUCGGCACCCAGCCGAGGGCCUGCGCUCCCCCCAGGAGGUCGUGGGCCCACCCCCUUCGGUGGCGGCGGGGGCUCCGUUGGACCGCCUAAACUCCCAGGAGCCCCCGCCGGUGGACGCAGCAGCGUCCCGGAUCUUCCCAAGGGCCGGCCGAGUCUCUCGUCCAGACAGGAGACUCCAGGGGGCCCCCCGCCGGUGCCCAGCGCGCCUCGACCCAGCCAGGGCUUCCAGCCCCGUGGGGGGCUCCCUCCGCCAGCCCUCCCUGGAGGAGCCAGGCCCCUCCCGUCUUCUGGAGCUCCGCCUCCUGGUCUUCCACCAGGGAGGCAGGGGCUUCCCCCGCCAGGCGGCUCCCCGGCUGGGCCCAGGCCGGGAUUUUCAGCACCUCUUCCUCCACCCCCAAACAGCGGCAGACCCUCCAUGCCUCCGACCCCCGGAGGGAGGCCCCCGCUCCCCGACGACCGGCCCCCACCGCCGCCCAUGGGAGGCCACCGGCCGUCCAUGCCCCGCGACGUGCCCCCCCCUCCUCCUCCCGCUGUCGUCUCCAAGCCUCCUCCCCCUCCCGUCUCGUCCUCCUCUGCCCCCCGUCCCUCGGUCGGAGGAGGCGCGCCCCCCCUCCCGCCUGGCCGACCGGGCCCUCCUCCUCUCCCGUCCACCCCGGCUGAGGAUCAAAACACCCCCCGCCUGCCCCUGAGGAACGUGUCUCUCAGCAGCCAAAGUCCAGCUCUGCCACAAGGUCGGAUGGGUGCUCGCCCUCCCCCACCAGACGAGAGACCUCCAUCUCUUGGAAGGAAUCAGUCAUUCACGCGCUCAGGGCCUCUUCCUCCCCUCCCUCCCUCAGGCCGGGGCGGGGGCGUGGGCGGGGGCAGCUUGAGGUCAGUGCCCCCCCCAUCUCCCGCUGGUCGGCCCGGUCCGGAGCCCCCCCGCGGGGGACCCGGCAGCAGACCUCCCCUCCCUCCGGACCGGCCGGGCAUCGGAGGGACCCCCCCCCCUCCUCCUGCGCCCCACGUGGUUAACGGCUUCCAAAACUCUCACCACAACCAGAUGCAGGAUGAGUGGGAGCAUCGCUUCAAAUUCCAUCCGGUGUCGGACCUUCCUCCCCCCGAGCCCUACGUACACUGCCAGAAGACCUACCCCAGCAAGAUGGGCAAGAGUGAAGGGAGAGGUUCUGGUAGAAAUGAGCGAGGAGCUCCUCCUCUUCCUCCUUUACCCAGGUGAAGAAGAGGUGUCGGCAGACACGGACCCAGGGACUACUUUCUCUCGCUCUCUCGCUCAUUGGCCCUCACGCAGAAAACGGCUCCUAUGAACAAACGCCUCGUGUCUCCUCCACCAAUCAUCAUCAUCCCAUUUUCUCUUCGGUACGACUAUAGUUUACUCGAGGUCCAGACCUGUUGUGCGAGUGUGCUGCUGUUAUUUAAUCCUUCAUCCCUCACCAGUGGCUUGUUUAUUACUUAACUUUUAAGCAGUUUUUAACCCUCAGAAUUAUACUUCAUAAAUAUGUUGCCGUUAUUCUGUUUGAGGCUGAUAUAGAUCUAUAUAUGCCCAUAAGCACAACAAUAUCACUAUACAUUAUAAUCCAGGCCAUCGUAGAACAAUAUCAAUACAAACAUCUUAAUUAAUUCAACCCAUUUGCUGCAGUGAGAGGUUCCCUUCCUUAUCUCUAGCAGGUCUAUUUCUCUUCUUCUGCAGGGAUUCCAUGUUGGGACAGUUAUUUGUGUCCAUGUCCAGAAAUGCAUGUGUUUGUUCAUCGUCACACAGUACGACGAGUGUGCAAACGAUGUUCGAGGCUUCAGCGUAACGAGGUGGAAGUUUGGUUUAAUAAUGAUGUGCGUCUGUAGCAGUGAAGACCACAGCCUGUUGAGUCUCCGGUACACCGUGUUCAGAGGGGAAGUGGCUGGACUUCAUUCAGAGGGCUUUGUUGACCCGGCUCCUGGGUUUAAUGGAUUCCAUAUUUAGCUUAUAAGACAUUUUAUUUUACCAUCCAGCUACGUGUCUCAUAAAACAAAACUCUUACCUGACAAGCAAACCGGCGUUGUUCAUGCAGCGCGUGCACCUGUCCGCGCAGUAAGGGCUUAAAAUGCAACCAAUCAGACAGGUUUAUCUCCUCUGCUGCCACUUGACUCCCGUCGUGCCUUUUUUUAUUAUUCAGAGUUGUAUUUUUCGGGCUGCUUCAAAGAGUUGAGGGAAUAAGCCGUCCGUGCCUUAAAGUGUGUGCUCAGCUGGAUUGAUCACCUCUGCUGAUGUUAAAGUGAACGCGUGCAGUAGAACAGGUCGACACGCAGACCGACAUGCAACCAAACUGAGAAGUAAGCACCACCUCCUUGCACCGCUGCAGAAACGCGUCCGGUGAAACGAGGGUGUGGAUGUUAUUAUUUUGUUUACAUUUUUGCCAAAGCCACGUGUGCCUUCAUAGUACAGCAUCCCCAUCUGUGUCUUCUGUUGGAACCACUGAGCGGUACUUUUCAUUUCAUUGUUAACUGUGACCAUGUUUAUGAUUGUGAUGCUUUUUUUUAUUUUUAUUGGAAGAUAUAUUUUUUUUAUUUUGCUAAAAGCUGCGUUAAUUUAGCACAA